GACAAUCGCGAUCACAAUCUCAACCAAUAACAUACACCAUAGCUGGCUUGUUAACUGUUGCUGCGCUGUGAUUGGUUGGCUGGAUUUAAGACGAUAGCCUUUUUAAGGAGCUCCGAGACGCGGCCUCGGCCCCCUUAGCAAAAAACUUUGAAGACGAAAGUCUGAUUUGGAUUUUGCUAGCUUCUUAUUGAGAGAGAGAGAGAGAGAGAGAGAGAGAGAGACGGAGAAAUACACAUACACAUACAUACAUACAAAUACUUGCACACAUUCCCACAAAAACAGCAGCACUGUUUACUUCUUCUUCGGAAUUUGGACUUGCUCAACGCGAUGCCACGGGGCAAGUCUUUUCGUCGUUCUGAGGCAGCCAAGCGGCGCAUGGCAGAUCGGCGACAGGUUGACGUGGAACCGCAGCAUCCUGCCAAUACCUCGGUCGCACACCACGGCAUCGGUCAGCGCCAUGCUGUGCGACGUUGGCCGCAGUCGUCCCUGACGGGACGUCAGCACAAGCUUGUCUUGCCGUGCGAGUCCCCUGACAAGAAGUUUGUUCUGGUUGUCGGUGAUUCGCAUCUACGUGCUAUCGUAGAUGGCUUUGUCCCCAUGCCAGAGGGCUCCCUCUCCUUUGGCAUGAUGUGCACUCCCGGGGCCUGUGCGAUGGAGCUGAGGACUGAGUUGCUGCAUGCUGCUGUUCCUCGGACUCCUGACGCAGUCCUGGUCAUUGCACCAAGCAACAACCUGACAUCCAGCAGGACCAUCGACGAGGCAGGGGCAGACUUUGCUAAGUUCCUGCGCGCUGCCUGCUCGCGAUGGCCUAACGUGUGUGUCACAGACUUUUCACCCCGUCUGACCGUUGAAGUCCUUCAGCAAGACUUCUUGCGUCAAGAGUUCCGCCGUGUGGCAGCACGUAUGGGUGUCAGGUACUUCCCUUUUGCUGAGCAUUUCCCCAUGGACCGCCGUGAGCUAUGGAGCAGAGAUGGUGUUCACCUCAGCGAUAGUGAUGGCAUGCCCAUUUUCGCCGGGCUGCUGUGGACUAUUGCACACGAGUUCCUGCAGCCUCCGACACCAAAGCCACAGCCUGCUCCCAGACCGUCGCUGCCUCGUAGGCAGGUUCUGCCGAAGGUGGUCGUCAGGGGAGAGGUCACCGUACCUCGUCCAUCCAACCCCUUUGAGUGGACCGCCGUUGGCAAGGGGGGGAAGAGGAAGGCACCCGAGGAACUUGAGCAGUCCUCUGGUGCAGAGAGGGUGGUUCAGCAGCAGACUGGCGCAACUUCACUCCUGGAGUGUUCCAUCCAGCCCAACCCUGUUUGGUUCAGCAGUUCGGUGUUGGCUGCGAUGGAUGCUGUUGUUCCAUCCCAUCUUCCUACCCCUUCUACAGAGUCUACUGCUGUUCCACGAAGCUCAAAGCGUUCAAAAGUGGAACAUCGUCGGACUUCUGCACGCCAGAAGGUUCCGGCGAGAGCUUUGCCCGUGGUGAAACCUGUGCCACCGCCUGCAACUGCUCAUUUGAAAGUGGAUGCCAGGAGGGAGGUCGCCGCCACUGCCACCGCCGCUGCCGCCGCCGCCACCACCGCUCUUCUGAAAGUGGAUGCCAGGGGGGAGGUCGCCACCACCGCCGUCGCCGCUGCCGCCACCGCUGCUGCCGUCGCCGCGCCGGGGGGGGACCUUCAGCCUGUCGUCCCAGGUGAGUAUGACGCUAACCCCAUUUCUUGCAGGUGUGCAGAGUCCCUCGAGUCUUGUGUUCCUGGUAAUCAUGUCAGAAGUGCACCACUCACAUCUGACAUCAAUACUAACAUAGCAUGUGGUGUUGCAGCAGUUAUCAGACAUGUCAUUUCUCCAGUGUGCACAUGGAAAGGGACAGAUAUUGACAGCAUAGGCGUAGAAGGUGGCAAAAUUGCGAAUCGCAUAACUGAAGCUAGGCAGAAUGGUGAUGGUAAGGGUUUGUGUGAGUUGAUUGAACAGCAAAAUGUGUUUGGCAGGCAGUGGCAGGUAGCUAUUCCUCCUCCAGCACGUAGUGAUUUUAAUUGGCUGGAGGGGGACACGGUGAUGUUUGAGAAGGUGCAACAGCAUUUGUUAGUGCAUGGGUCGUGUCUGUUGGACCUCCACGGUGCAGUUAGUGCCAUUAUUCAUCAUGAUGAGUAUUUUGUGGUUGUUGAUUGUGGCACGCGUGAUGCUUCUGGGAUGGCAUCUAGUAUUGGCACGUCCGUGGCAGUGUUCAACACGUGCAUUAAUGACUUGAUGCUUCACAUUAGUCAUUUGAAGGAGUCUUUAGGUGCGAAGUGGUAUGCCGUCCAUGGCAUUUCUGUCACGGAAUGUCCAGUAGAUAGCGACAGGGAGAGUGCUACAUUGUUUGCAGGUGGGAGUGUUGACGUCGGCAUUGCAGUUAAGCUUGAGGAUAGCGUUUCAGUCAGGACAGAGACCGAUGCAAGUUCCAUCAGGGGAACUUUUCACCAAGGGGACGCUCGGUUCCAACACGGAGGGCUUCAGUGUAUGGCUGUAAGUUUGGUAGCUGUAGCAAAAAAUAGCAUUGUUAGUGUGUUUUCGUGGCAGUCCGGCGAUCUGGAUAAGGUUGUAGAGUUAGGGGACAAGCUCUACACGUCGUUGCGGGAAAGUAAGUCCAUCAGUGGGAGGUCCGAACUGCUGUGUGUUCCCGAUUUGCCCAAAGAGUCCGUUAUUGAUAGACAGAAAUUUCAGUUUGAGUAUGGUGACUAUGUUUCUGGUGAUGUUGAUGUGGUUGAGGGACAACUUAUUGAUGCAGGUGUGUACAGCACUCUCAGGAAUGGUUUGGGGAAGAUGUGUAGCAAAUAUGACACAUGCUUUCUGACUGUGAGUGGCUCUACGUGUGCUAUCAUUAGUCGAGAUGGGCAGUAUGCAGUUGUUGACUCCCACGCACGUGGUGCAGAUGGCAUGGUAGAUGCGAACGGGUUUAGUGUUGUUGUGUAUUUUAGUUGCCUUGACCUUGUGUUUGAUCACAUCUGCAAAUUUGCUGCCGCAAUGAAAACUCCAAAACUGUUUGAGAUUGCCGGUGUUUGUGUCACUCAUAAUAGUCCAAGUGCAACUGUGGAAAGCAGAGAGGUAGACGUUGGUUGUAGCUUACCUCUUCAGUCACCACUUCAAGUGGCAGCUGAACAGGUAACACUUGGCAGUAGCAGCGGUCGGACAGGUGUGAAAUGCAAGAUUUCAGUGGGUAGUUGUAGAUCCAAGAAGUUGAAAAGCAGGGGUGUUGAUGCGGUUAAUUCAGAUGUUUUAUUUGUCAGCCAUGUGACAAGUAAAAGUUUUGAGUUUAAUCCGCUGCGUAGUGACGUAGCAUUAGCUUUGUGCAAACAGUUGAAUGUAGAGUCGGAGAAACUUGAUCUAGUAUCUGAAGAAGUUGGUGCAUUAGGGUCCCCUUGUAGGAACGAGCAAAUAGUUGGUGAUGGUAAUUGUUUCUUUAGAGCGGUUAGUCAAGCUGUGAGUGGCACACAGAAGAAUCAUCGAAAAAUUAGAUUAGCAGUGUUUAAGCAAUUAAAGGCCAAUCCUCUUGCAUAUCAGAGUAUUUUGCGUAGUAACUAUUCCUCAAUGGCAGAUUAUCUGAGUAGAUCGAGAAUGAGCUAUGUUGGUAGUUGGGCCACUGAAGUAGAGAUUCAAGCAGCAGCAGAUUGUUUAGGAGUAAAUAUUUUCACGUUUUGUGGUGAUCGCUGGCUUCAAUACAGUUGCAAGAAUAGGCAAUUUUCCAAUCAGGCAGUGUAUUUAGAAAAUUGUAGUGGUAACCAUUAUGAGACCGUUGUUUGUGUUAAGCAGCCUCAGAUGCAGAGUUGUUAUUGUUACUGUAAAGUGAGUGCGUCUUCUUCUGGAGGUUACAAUUUUAGACAGCAAAGUAGACAGAGUAGUGUUUGUGGUGAGAGUUCAAGUCCAGUUGUAGCUUUAGGUUGUGUAGCUGAAGAAGUUAUCAAUAUUGACAAUGAUGUUAUAGAACAGCAGCAUAGUGGUGUGUCUACGCAAGAGCAGACUUCAUUUACAUUUAACCAAAGUAAUGUUAAUUCUUCUAAGUAUUUGAAAAGUAAAAAGAAGUUAAAAUUAAAAAUAAAAUACCAGGAAAAUGAUUUGCAUAGGGAGAAAUUGAAGGAAAUUGGUAAAGUGAAAUAUAAGACAAAUGAGUUGCAUAGGAUGAAGAUCAUUGAAAAGAAUAAAAGGAAAUAUAGGGAAAAUGUAGUAUAUAAGCAUGAGCUCAUUGAAAAGAGUAAAAGAAAAUAUAGGGAAAAUGUAGUAUUUAAGCAUAAGCUCAUUGAAAAGAUUAAAAGAAAAUAUAGGGAAAAUGUAGUAUUUAAGCAUAACGUCAUUGAAAAGAUUAAAAGAAAAUAUAGGGAAAAUGUAGUAUUUAAACAUAAGCUUAUUGAAAAGAGUAAAAGAAAAUAUAGGGAAAAUGUAGUAUUUAAGCAUGAGCUCAUUGAAAAGAGUAAAAGAAAAUAUAGAGAAAAUGUAGUAUUUAAGCAUGAGCUCAUUGAAAAGAUUCAAAGAAAAUAUAGGGAAAAUGUAGUAUAUAAGCAUAAAGUUAAGAGGAUGAGUCAAAGGCAAUAUAGGGAAAGUGAAGUGCACAGGCAGCAUAUAAAAGUCAGGAGUAGAAGGGAAUACCAUGGAAGUCUUGAGCAUAAGAAGCGUGUUAUAGCAGGAAACAAAUUGAAGAGGGAAAAAAUUAAAGUAAAGGCAGAGGAGUUUGAUUACAUUACACAACAGUUUUGGGACAAAGUUAAAGAUGGGCCAGAUUUUGUGUGCUGUAUAUGCCACAGGGGGUUAUUUAAGAAUCAGGUUUUGAAGUGUAAAAGAGAUGACUAUACUAAAAGUAAAGUAUUACGUUUAAUUGCAGAUAGAUGUAUUAGUGAAGAGUAUUUACAUAAAUGUAAUGAAGACUGUGUAUUGCCGUGUAAAUGGUUGAAUACAGCUAGAGGUGAGCUGUGGAUUUGUAGGACGUGUCAUUGUAAGAUUAGUAAAGGUGUAGUGCCACCUGAAUGUGCAUUGAAUAAUUUGGCGGUUUGUCCCAUUCCACCAGAGUUGGCGUGUUUGAAUAGUUUAGAGCAACAUUUGAUUGCGUUGCAUAUUCCGUUUAUGAAAAUGUUGGCAUUGCCUAAAGGUGGUCAAAAUGGAGUACAUGGACCUGUAACGUGUGUUCCAGCAAAUAUUGUGCAGACGAGCAAUUUGCUGCCUCGUACAGACAUGGAAGGAUCUUUGUUGCCGGUAAAGUUGAAGCGGAAGUUAACUUAUAAAGGACAUUAUGAGUAUCAGUUUGUUGAUAGUACGCGCGUAAGGCAGGCUUUGCGAUAUUUAAAAGGGACAAAUAUCCAUUAUAAAGAUGUAGAGUUUAAUGAAGCGUGGAUAAACCAGUUUUGUAGGGAACCGGAUAGUGAUUGUAAUGGUGGUAGUGAAGCAGCUGCAGAUGUUGGGGAAGAUGAGCUUCUGCAUGAUAGACAACAACAUUGCAUGUUCCAGGACACUUGUCUUAUGCCUGUAGAUAUUGGUCAGGAAACACUGGAUCAAUAUUUUGAUGAUAUAUUGAAUUUGGCUCCAGCAGAAGGAAACUCUCCUGUAAGGUUGUUGUCUGAUCAUACAAAUGAAGCAAAAUGCUUUCCAGUGUUGUUUCCUAGUGGUUAUGGUACAUAUCGUGAUAGUAGACAGCAUCGUUUGACUUUGUCGCGUUAUUUUAAUAACAGGAUUUUACACGCUGAUGGUAGAUUUGCACAAAAUGUUGAAUACAUCUUUUUUGCUCAGUACUUAUCUGAGGUAGAACAGGUUGUGUCAAAUGUAUCAAUAGCAUUGCGGAAGGGUAAAGGAGGUGUUCCAUCUAAAAAAGUUAGCAGAAGUGUAUUGAAUGAUGAAGAAUCUUUGAAAAAGUUGUUGCAGUUUGAUGAUGGGUAUCGUUUUCUUAAACCGAUUAGAGGUACCCCAUCUUUUUGGCAGGGAGUACAGAAGGAUUUGUUAGCUUGUGUUCGUCAGCUGGGUGUCCCGACGUGGUUUUGUUCAUUUUCUGCAGCUGACAUGCGAUGGAAAAAUCUCCUCAAUAGUAUUUUGAAGCAGGCAGGUAGAACAGAGACAGCUGAAGAGUUAGAAUGGGCAGAUAGGUGUCAACUUUUGCGUGGCAAUCCGGUCACUGCGGCUAAAAUGUUUGAUUUUCGCUGGCAUUGUUUUUUGAAAGAGGUGCUGAUGUCUCCAUCUAAUCCUAUUGGCAAAAUAAAGGAUUAUUUUUAUAGGGUGGAAUUCCAGCAGCGUGGAUCACCACAUGUUCACUGCCUCUUUUGGAUAGAGAAUGCCCCAAUAAUUGAUAAAAACACAGACGAAGAGGUAGUUCAGUUUAUUGAUCAGUAUGUUACAUGUGAAUUACCAGUACAGGAUGAAACAUUAUUGGACAUUGUUACAUCUGUGCAACAACAUUCAAAACGACAUUCAAAAUCUUGUAGAAAGAAUAGAACUGUUUGUCGUUUCAAUUUUCCUAAGCCGCCAUCCUCAAAAACUUUUAUUUCACGUCCAGUCCGUGAAGAGGAUGGCAAAAAAUCUUGUAAAUGUAAGUUAGAUGAAGCACAUAAAUUGGACCGUUGUGCAUGCAAAAAUGAGGGUCAGACAAAACCAGAGAUAAUGAAAAAGGAGAUUGCAGUCGCCAUUAUGACUAAAAUUAAGACAGCUCUUUCAGAUGAGAAUGCCAGUUUUGAUAGUGUGGAACAGUUGUUUAGACUUUUAGGAUUAAAUCAAACCCUUUUUGAGGCUGCGUAUAAUCGUGUAAGCAGGAAGACGCAUGUUGUUUUGAAGAGGCAGGCGAACGAGGUUUGGAUUAAUCAGUAUAGCAAACCACUUUUAAAAUGCUGGAAUGCAAAUAUUGAUAUCCAAUAUGUCGUUGAUGCCUAUGCUUGUGUAGCGUACAUUAUUUCUUACAUCUCUAAGGCAGAAAAGGAAAUGGGGUUGUUGCUAGGAAAUGCUCAGAGGGAAGCAGCUAAAGAGGGUAAUAGCAGUGCUAAAGAUGCUUUGAAACAUUUAGGAAGUGUGUAUUUACAUAAUAGGGAUGUUUGUGCUCAGGAGGCAGUGUAUAGAUUGACAAACAUGCAUCUUAAGGAGUGCUCUAGGAAAGUUGUGUUUGUGCCGGUAGGGGAGAAUACAGUUAGAAUGAGUUUGCCGUUAAGUGUGUUGAAACAAAAGGCCUCAUCACAUGAUCUUACCGAUGAAGAUAUGUGGAUGAGGAAUAUUGUUGACAGGUACAAGAAUAGGCCGAAAGAUAGUACAUUUAAUGACGUGUGUUUGGCUACAUUUGGAUCAGAGUAUCGUGUUUUGAGUAAAAACGAAAGGCCAGUCAAUAGGGUUAAAUUAGACAAUAAUUGUGGUUUUGUUGUGAAAAGAACACGUACGCAACCUGCCGUUGUUCGUUACGUGCGAUUUUCAGAGACUAAGAAUCCAGAAUUGUUUUAUCGGAGCAUUUUGCAGUUGUUCUUGCCAUAUCGUAAAGACGGUCAGCUCAAACCGGCAGGGUUUGAGACGUUUGAGCAGUUUUAUAGUGAUGGUCAUGUGAGAUUAGGUGAUGGAUUGUUACAUUCAGUUAAAGCAGUUGUUGAUCUGAAUAGAUUAAAAUUUGAAAGGGACGCAGACGAGUUAGAUGAUAUCCAAAAUUCAAUCAGUAGUGAUGGUGUUUUAGAAGAUGCCUGGUGUGAGCUGUGCCCAGAGCAGGAGUUAGAGCGUUUAGAGUGUAUAGAGGAACGUACAGAGACAGAGCAGAUAGUGGAUGAACCUGUAGAUAGUAUUCCAGAUUUAGUAGUAAACAGUAAAGACGUUGCACAUUUAGAAAAGAGGAACAAUGUCCUCUGUAGACGUGACGGUUUGGCUUUAGUUAGGUCUCUGAAUGAGACACAGAUGUUGAUUUUUUAUCAGAUUAGGCAGUGGUGCUUAGAUAGGGUAAAUGGAAAAAAGCCAGAUCCAUUACAUGUAUUUGUCACAGGCGGCGCAGGGACAGGUAAGACUCAUUUAAUCAAGGCUAUACAAUACGAGGCAAUGAGGUUGUUGUCAAGAGGGUGUCGUGAUCCGGACGACAUUUGCGUUUUACUAACAGCUCCUACGGGGAUAGCUGCACACAAUUUAAAUGCGGCUACUAUUCACAAUGCAUUUAGCAUUGGUAUAGAUGUACGCUUGCCUUACACUCCAUUGGGUGAGGAGAAGCUGAAUUCUUUACGUGCUAAAUAUAGUAGCUUGCAGCUUUUGAUAAUAGAUGAAAUCUCCAUGGUUGAUCACAAACUAUUGGCUUAUAUCCAUGGAAGAUUAAGACAAAUUAAGCAAUGUGGUGACUAUUCCCCGUUUGGAAAUGUUAGUGUAAUUGCAGUUGGAGAUUUUUAUCAGUUGCCUCCAGUGAAAGGGAAAGCUCUGUAUUUAGAUGAUGUAGGUGUUAAUUUGUGGUCUCAGUUGUUUAAGGUUGUGGAAUUGAAAACCAUUGUUCGGCAGAAAGAUCAGGUAUUUGCGGAGUUGUUGAACAGAGUUAGAACUCGAUUAAAAGGUACCCCAAUGACGGCGAGUGACAUUGACAUUUUAAAAGGUUGCGAAACAGGGGAGGUCAGCUCAGCUUUGCACAUAUUUCCGACAAAUCGACAAGUAAAUGAGCAUAAUGUACAGCAGUUGUUUAAAAGUUGUCCAGAUUAUGUUGAGAUAGAGGCUCAGGAUUUUGUGAAUAGUAAAAAAACAGGCAAGCUGGAGUUGAUAAGCGGACAUCAUUCCAGAGCAUUCGACACGUGUCUGGAUGAGACGCUGCUUUUAGGGAAAGAUGCGCGUGUAAUGCUGUUUAAAAACUUAGAUGUAGCGGAUGGUCUAGUUAAUGGGGUGUGUGGUACUGUGACUCACAUAGUUUAUCCAGAGAACGAUGGAAAGCGGUUUCCUCAAACGGUCUAUGUUAAAUUUGAUGAUGAUAGGGUAGGUGUACAGAAGAGGAAACGUUGUGCAUUUGCGUCGGCAGUACAAAUGGGUUCCACGGGCAUAGGACCUGAAGAGGAAAGGGUAACUAAGAAGGGUGGAAUGCGUAGGCAGUUUCCAUUGAAGCUUGCGUGGGCUUGUACAGUACACAAAGUACAAGGACUUACAGUGGAUAGUGCGGUAGUGUCGCUUAAAAAGAUUUUUGCAGCUGGACAGGCGUAUGUAGCUUUGAGUCGGGUUAGAAAUUUGUCAGGGUUGGUAAUUAGGGAUUUUAAGGAGAAAGUCAUCUAUUGUAAGGAUACAGUUAAAGAUGCAAUUGAAAACAUGCCUCCCUUCAUGAUCGAUAAUAUUUCAAGAAACAAAUUCACAAAUACACAGACCUUUACUGUGUUUCUGAUGAAUGUGCAGAAUUUGACCCAACAUGUAUCUGAUUUGGCAUUGUGUACACAGCAUUUGCAGCUUAACUGUAUUGCUGUUACAGAAACAUGGCUGCCUGCAGUUUCCUCAUUUGAAACUGUCAACAUGGAUGGUUAUGCUUAUCAUAACCAGCCAAGGAAUUUAUCCUACAGUAGCAGCAACCCAAUAUUGAUCGAAAUUCAAGGCCAACAACAUGGUGGAGUUGGCCUAUAUAGUGCAGACAAUUUGGCAUGUAAUGUUCUCCCAGUACCAAAUGUAAAUUUAGAAUGUUUGGUUUACCACUGCACUACAUACAGCAUAUUGAUAGCAGUAAUUUAUAGACCACCAUCUUAUCCCAUGACUUUGUUUAAAGAAAAUUUAGGCAAAUUACUUGAUUGGCUGAAUCCAAAAAGUGACACAAUUGCAGUCAUGGGAGAUUUCAAUGACGACAUUUUGAAGUCAUCGUCAAUCGCCAAAUUUAUGACAAAUAAAGGGUUUGUUCAAAUUGUCAAACAACCCACAACAGAAAACGGCACACUAAUUGAUCAUGUGUAUGUGAGAACAACACAUUAUGAUGUUGAAUCAUUAGUGUUGUCAACUUAUUUCAGUGACCAUGAGGGGAUCAUGUGUUCUUUUGCAUGUAGGACAUAGAAGAGAGGUUAGGGAAAACGGCAGUAAUAUUUGUAGUCAUUUUAGUAGUAGUAUAAUUAACGUUUUUUAAAUGUAGUUCUUUAUAUAUGCAUAUUUCCUUUUAAGAGUUUGUGUCCUAUGUUGUGUGUUCAAUAUAUAAAAAAUGUUGAUACAGUUUAUAUUGUAGUUCUUUAUAUAUGCAUGUUUCCCUUUAAGAGUUUUGUGUCCUAAGUUGUGUUUAAAAAAACAAAAAAAACAAACAAAAAAAAAAAAAAACAGUUUAUAUUGUAGUUCUUUAUAUAUGCAUGUUUCCCUUUAAGAGUUUUGUGUCCUAAGUUGUGUUUAAAAAAACAAAAAAAAAACAAAAAAAACAAAACAGUUUAUAUUGUAGUUCUUUAUAUAUGCAUGUUUCCCUUUAAGAGUUUUGUGUCCUAAGUUGUGUUUAAAAAACAAACAAAAAAACAAACAAAAAAAAACAGUUUAUAUUGUAGUUCUUUAUAUAUGCAUGUUUCCCUUUUAAGAGUUUUGUGUCCUAAGUUGUGUGUUUAAAAAACAAAAACAAAAAACAAAAACAAAAAACAGUUUAUAUUGUAGUUCUUUAUAUAUGCAUGUUUCCCUUUAAGAGUUUUGUGUCCUAAGUUGUGUUUAAAAAAACAAAAAAAAAACAAAAAAAACAAAACAGUUUAUAUUGUAGUUCUUUAUAUAUGCAUGUUUCCCUUUAAGAGUUUUGUGUCCUAAGUUGUGUUUAAAAAACAAACAAAAAAACAAACAAAAAAAAACAGUUUAUAUUGUAGUUCUUUAUAUAUGCAUGUUUCCCUUUUAAGAGUUUUGUGUCCUAAGUUGUGUGUUUAAAAAACAAAAACAAAAAACAAAAAAAAAAAACAGUUUAUAUUGUAGUUCUUUAUAUAUGCAUGUUUCCCUUUAAGA